AUGUCGUCUAGCGCGUCGCUAGGUGGAACGAUUGUCUCUCGCCCUGGGGGAUCACUGACCUUGAGCAUGGCCACGGAAGCUGGGACACAGGCUCAGCACUGCUAUGAGCACUACCAUGCUUCAUCGUAUGCUCAUCAAGGCGAGAACGAAGGCUUUGAUCAAGCAAUGACAGAGGUAUCCUCGCCGCAAUAUCAGAGGAACCAUGCUUUGUGGACUCAGUACCCUGAGCUUGGCACUCUACCACACCCGGCCGUUCCUAGCCCCAGCUCCCAAGACCACAGCGUUCUUUCAUUCGAACAAUGUGGCCCACGACCGGAUUAUAUAUCGGCAACACCCGUGCGGCUCCCACUGAGUGAAAAUGGCCUUCCUCAAAGUGAAGUCAGACAGGUACACCAAACUUACGGCUCCGAGCUAAAUGCGACGGCUUCGACCUCUGUGGCGGGAUCAGGAGGCAAACAGGAUACGAUGGAAAUGACGGACGAGUCGGAUGGUCAUGCUCCAGUCUCGGCAGCCUCAAAAUCAUCUGGGACAAUCAAGCUCGUUUGGGCAGAUCAUCUGACUGCAGGUCAAAGAAGGAGUCAUUCAAUGCGUGCCUUCAAGUCGACGCAAAGAAGAGGACAGGGGCAGAAGGGCAGGAGUAAAUCCAAGGUUGCAGGUCGGAAGAGUGCCACUUCCUGA